AGGAAGAGAUUCAAAAUGGCAAAUGGGCUUUGGUAUUUUAAGAAAAUAUGAAUUUUAGAGGUGAGGGUUGGACUAAUCUUGGGAAGCUCGCUGUCAGACAGAAAGAAAUUCAAUUUAAUAUGCCAAUUAUGAUUCAGGUGAUAGGACAGAACAUUCUAGCUCUAUUUUACAAAUUGCAAUCUGUCUUCAUUAAGACAGCCAUUCUUGAGUAAUUACAAGUAGGGGAUUAAGAAAUUUUGAAUUUAUUUAAUCUUAUUGGUUUUGAGACAGAAAGCAAUGCUUAAAUGAAUAGGUAUAGACCGAAUAGUUUCUAGUUGAAGACUGACGUAUUAAUUUUUGAGUAUGUGAAAUGAAAAGUAGAAUUUAAUUAUGGCU